CCACACAGACAAUUUAAUUCCUUCAACCCUAAACGAUGGCAAGAAUGAUAGAGAUGGUUAAUUAGCCGUGUUCGCGUCUUGCUUUGCUGCACGGCCUCGGCAUGACUCGGAAAUGACACAUGAUGCUGAUCCUUUAGAUAAGGUGAAGCGCCUCAUUAACUAAGAUGGCGUAGAGGUCAGCGGUCAGAUGUGAGUAGAAUCUUGAGAGCGCAGAGAUGAGUCUGACCUCCUGGUUCCUGGUUAGCAGCGGGGGCACCCGCCACCGACUGCCCCGCGAGAUGAUCUUCGUGGGCCGAGACGACUGUGAACUGAUGCUUCAGUCUCGCAGCGUUGAUAAACAGCACGCUGUCAUCAACUACGACCCUGACACAGAUGAGCACCGAGUAAAGGACCUUGGGAGCCUUAAUGGAACGUUUGUGAAUGAUGUCAGAAUACAAGAACAGGUCUACACCACCCUGAAAAUGGAAGAUAAGCUGAGGUUUGGCUAUGAUACCAACCUGUUCAAUGUGGUCCGGGGGGAGCUGCAUGUCCCAGAGGAGGCACUUAAGCAUGAAAAAUUCACUAGUCAGCUGCAGCUGGCCAAGAAGCCAGUGGACACGGGAGAAAGGUCCAGAACUGCAGAACCCAAAGGUGCUGAGGGGAGCGACGAGUGCCCAGCCCAACCCUCCGACGCUCCCAAAGGAGACGACAAGGCUGCAGCUGAUGUAGCGGUGCUACACAGAGGGACCCCUCUCUACGGACAGCCAUCUUGGUGGGGGGAUGGAGACGCCGAUGACGAGAACUCGGUGAAGCAGGAUAACAAGCCCUCAGACCCCAAACAGGCCAGAUGUGAACCAGAGGCUAAAGAUGGACAAAUGCCAGGAGGUGUUCAUGGGCCCAGCCAAGGACCAGGCCAGGAGCCCAGCUACUUUGAGAUCCCCUCCAAAGAGACCUCAACGUCGGGUGGUGGCAACAGUGACGUCCCCCCCAAAGGCCACCAGGGUUCAGGAGCCGCCAAGGCCACAGACCCCACCCCCUCGCAAGAGGCCACCGCCCACGGCCACGCCUCCUUCACGAUCGAUUUUGACACUCUGGCGCCGGGGAAGGUCAUGGUGAAGGAGCGGGCGGCAAAGGGCAACCAAGAGCACCGGCCGCGGCCGAAGAGGGGGGCCGGGGAGGAGCUGAGCGCUCUGCAGGCCGCCAUGGUGGCGGCGGAGGUCAAGGUCGCCGACUGGCUGGCCCAGAACGAGCUGCCGCUGGCAAGGUCCGAGUCCGCGGCGGACGACGACGGAGACAGCGUCAAGAGUGACGUGCCUGUCCAGCUGAAGAGCCUCCGAGGCAGUAAGCAUGAGGACGGUACCCAGAGUGACUCAGAGAACCUCCUGGGCGAUCAGUUUAGCGCGCGCCGUGCCAUGUUCCAGGAGCGGGCUGGCACUCGCGGGCACCGCGCGGGCAUCGCCAGGGCCGACGGAGCCUUCUCCGGCCGGGACGACCCGUAUCACCCCGACAACCGCAAGUACCGCCCCCUGGUGGCACCCAAGAAGAUGGCGCCCGUCGGAGGGGAGGCGAAGGAAGCCACCGCCACCACUGCCACCGCUGCUUCCUCUUCCUCGCACAGAGCACCCAAAUCGGGCCCGUCCUCCGCAGGGACCCGGGAAACGCCGGCUGACCCCCGGGAGGGGCCGCAGAGGGGUCGCCAUAGCGACGACCUCAGCGACAGGGGCACGUACACCAUCGAUUUCGAGAAUGGGAGCCAGGAGGUGGAGGAGGCCAGACGGAUGAUUGACAAGGUGUUCGGAGUGGAGGAUAACCAGGCUCUGACUAAGCUCCGCUACCCCGAGCACCAGCGGGACCGGGUCAGCAUUUGCCCCAGGCCGGGGGCAGUAGAAAGCAGGAGGGCAGCCGCCCACAUGGGCUCUGAGGUCCUGCCAGAGGAUUUGGUGGUGGUGGGUGGCCCUCGCUGGGUCUCACAGUGGGCCAGUUUAGCGGCCAGUCACGUGAGGACCGAUCCGGAAGGUUCCGGGGCCGAAUCACACGUGUACAUCAACAACGAGAAAGUCCCAGCUGAUGUCGGUGAAGUCUCCCAAAGCUCUGCCUCAGCUCCCUUGUCCAGCCAAACGGAGCGCAAGAGGCGGACCCUCCCCCAGCCUCCGCUGGAGGAGAUGACCCUGGACGGGUCCAGAAGCAGGCCAGCGCGGUGGCCUGCCACCUCCGAGAAACAAGACACGGAGACCCAAGAGAAAGAGAGCAAGUUCCAGGAGCUGCCCAGGGCUGGCCACAGGGCCGUAGGAGGCCCCCCUGUGAUCAGGGAGCAAGCGGGGGCAAGAGGCGGCAGGCAAGCCGCUGGAGGCGCGGGCUCUGAGGCAGGAGGCCGUCGGACUGGCCAGCAGCAGCCGGGCGGCUCCCCGUGCAAGUCGACGGGCAGUGGGGAGCGGAAGAGUGCGGAUGGGAGGAGGAGGAAGGAGGAGGAGAAGGAGAAGCUGGGGAAGCCCUUACUGAGGCAGGAGAGCUUCACGGUGGAGAGGCCCAGCGCCAACGUGCCCCUGGAGCUCAUCCCGUGCAUCGACAGCCUGACCACCACGACCACGACCGCCACCGCGGCCGCCUCCACGCAGACCAGAGACCCCGGCGGGCCGAGCAACGGAGUGGACGCCGCCACACUGCUGAGGGACAACGAGGCCGUGGCCGCCUUCCUGGAGACCACGCUGUCGGACCUGGCCGACCCGCCGAGCUACUCGCUGGAGGGGUCGAUGUCGCCGGAGUCGGAUAUCGACACGACCAGCACAGUGAGCCAGGCCGGGGGCGAGGGCGGCCGCAAGGCGGCGCAGAAGAGACGCCCGGGAGCCGGGCCGCCGAGGGUGGCGGCGAACGCCGCGGCGAAUAAAGGUGGGCCGCAGGACAAGGUGAGGUCGUCUCAGCAGUCGGUGGCGGCGGCGGCAGGGGGGCCGCGCUCGCGGGCGUGGACUUCGCUCGAGCUGACCGACGACGAUCUGAACUCUUCGCUGCUCUCCGACACGCAGCCUCCUCCUCCGCCCGCUCCGUCGAGGGGCCGCGGGCACACGCAGGCCGGUUCGGCAGGCGGCCGGGCCGGCCGAGGGAGAACCGCCUCGUCCGGGUCGGCGCCCGUCAUGCCCUCACCUGCCUCCAAGCCAUGUCGCUCAGCGGGCUGAGACCGACCAGCCUCUCUCCUCCCGCCGAAGCUUCCUCGGGAGCCUCCAGAGGUGGACCUGGGUGACGCCGAUCGGCUGUCCGUGGCGUCGGAGGCCUCGACGGCCAGCUCAGCCUCCAGGCCCUCCGCCGGCCGAAGGACGCUAUCACGGAUCGAGGCGCUGGCCCAGCCAAGGAGGCCGCGCGUCAGUUCGCCGUCGGCGCGGAGCGACUCGGAAGCAACCUCCAGCCGGUCCAGGGGCUUGCCCUUGCGGCCUCCCCCAGAGAGUGCUGCCUGAGCGGGCUUCAGGUCCGGUGGCUACCCUUCCACUGUGGCUGCUGCUCCGAGGGCCCGGGCGAACAGUGCUUCCAAACUCCCAGAUAAAUCGGCUGUCACCUCUUACAACCACAACACUACUGCAGCUAACAACCGCUGGCGCCGCAUGCCCAUCGAGUACGCCUCCACCUCCGAGGACGAGUUCGGCUCCAACCGCCACCCCACCAAGAACGCGCGCCCCCGUCCCCUGGCCCCGAGGGUGACCCAGCUGGGCGGCUCCGCUCCCACCACCCCCAGUCCAAUGGGCGUGAGGCGCCACUCGCGCGAGCAGGACGACUACAUGAGGGACUGGACGGCACACAGCGAGGAGAUCGCCAGAAUCAGUCAAGACCUGGCUAAAGACCUGGCCAUGCUGGCUCGUGAGAUUCAUGACGUAGCCGGAGAGAUCGACUCAGUCAGCCCUUCGUCUGCUGCGGACCCCUCUGUGCUUAAUGACCGAGUGUUUGCGGAGAGUCUGGGCAGCGCUCCUGAGAUCAGCACCACGAGCGUGGAACUCCGCCCACAGGCCGCCAACGGGCAGGACCUGCGUGCGCUCCGACGCCGCACUUGGAACAGAGACGAGGCCGUGAUGGACAGUCUACUGCUCGCGUCCGUGUCCCAGCUCUCCGCCAAAAUCAGGCAGGCGGUGGAGAAGACGACCAGCAAAAUACGGAUCCUGUUUAAGGACAAGGACAGGAACUGGGAGGAGAUCCAGAGCAAGAUGCAGCUGGAGCUGGAGAUGCCACUGCUCAAGACCUCCAACCAGGAGAUCUCCUCCAUUCUACAGGAUCUGAAGAGGAUCGAGAAACAGUUAGUCGUGAUCGACAUCAUGGUGGACCCUGACGGCACUCUGGACGCGCUCAGCAGCCUGGGCUUGACCAGCCCCCUGGUCUCCGAGCGCAGGGACAGCCCGGGCUCUCAGGCCCAGAGCGCGGGCCCUCUGCUUGGGGAGGGUGCGGCCGGCGCCCCCCCGGCCCCCGCGGCUCCCACCGAGGUGGCCGAGCGCGACGCAGGCCUCGACGUGAACAGCAACGCGGCCGGAGGCAGCGGCGGAAAAAAGAACUCGGUCUCCCACCAAUGAAGGAGGAGGCCAUUUGUUUUAACGUGGGCCAUUAGCUUGGACAUGCAGUGGCCCUGUAUGUGCUUGUCCAGUGCAAGUAAUAUACCCACUGGGAGUGUAUUAGCUAGCUAACGACACGUGGAGAGAGAACACACAGCAGACUACUGGAUAUAUUCAUUGUGAAGUCAAAUUGCCCAUAUAGCAGUGCUUAGGUUGACCCUGAAAGAAAAAAAAAUAGCCCCAAACAUAUUUUCAAAAGCUUACAAAAUAUUUUACAUUGUAUACCUACUGUGCCACUACCUAAAUAUUACACUAUACGUAUGUUACUUUAUAAAGGUAUUUGAUAUUACAUCUGUAACCAAAACCACUCCUAGGUGUAACUGAGAUUUACCAUAGAUGAAAUAUGGCAUCGGCUAAGAACAGGAUAUGUAGAACGGAAAAAAAAAGCUUGUAUUUUUGUCCCAAAGUCUGAUUAUUGUUAAGAGUGCUAAGAUGAUUAUAUAUAAAAGACAUAGCCUACAGUAUGUUUUAACAUUGUAUCUUGUUUACAAACGUCUUGCUCCUAUGAGGCUCGUUGUGGUUGUGAGCUGAGGAGCUUGUGAUGUCCCUGAUCAGCCUUUCUCUGCCAACCCUCACACGGGGACUGACAGGGGCGCUACACCGGGCGCGUAACUGAAGCGUUUUAUUCGCUUGGUGCAUACUUUUGAAAAUAGACCAGUGUUCUAAAAUUGCUUUUACGCAUCACAAACGGAACGCUUUUAGUUACACGCCUGGUGAAGACCCCCUGUUAGAGUUAAUUAAAAGGAGUGACAUGAGAAGUGAUGGACUAUCCACAGUGGCAUAGCACUUGAGGGGUCACAGGUACCUUAAUGUGUGAAUGAGAGAAAGUAGAAAGGAUAGUAUAAUUUCCCAUACAAGUGGACGCUCUGGACCAUGUCAUUGUGCUUAUGCGAGCUCAAAUGGUUGAGAACUAGUCCGUUUGCGAGAGUAUGACAUUUAUCCAAAGUUAAGUGUGCUCUGUUCCAAAGCAAGGCUUUUUUGUUUUGUUUUGUUUAUGCAAUUUUUGAGUGUUGUCGUUUCUGACUGUUGCACUGACAUGUUGUCAUUAAAAAAAAGCUUGAUAUGUGGAAUGGUUAAACUUUCAGAUAUUUGCUGAAGAUGAAUAUAUAUCUACAUUAUCAGUGAAGUGCAACAUUUAGUGAUUGCAACACUGGCAAGUUCAUUGUCAUUCCAAGAUAUGUUAUGUGGGAUAACAUUCCCAGCUGUAUCUCCUCAGUUGGGAAUGGAGCUUUGUUCUACUGUACAAAACAUACCGGUACAGUUACUUGUAGCAGACGAAGUAUGUUUCUUGUUUUUUUUUACAGUUUGUUUUGGUCUCAUCUGACAAGGUCAUGAUGCAUUUCCCCUAUGACAAAGCUGAUCAGAGAGUCCUACUGCUUUCCCAUAGGUAAAUCAACGCCCCAUCCUAAACCUUCCCAUAUAUUCAGUACUUAUGUAAAAGAGAGGAUAAGAAUAGUCGUAUGUUUUUGUGUGUAGACCUACUGAGAAAUAGAAGACAAAGCAAGUCUUGAGAUAAGUGAGAGACUGAAUGGAGAGAAUGGUGCGUUCAUGAUACAUGUGUUGCAUCACCAAGUGCCCAUUAUGUCCAAUCAUCUAGACUGACUGACGGCAGAAAAAGCACCCCUUGGCACGUUUGUUUUUUUGCACGUCUCCAGUCAUCGCGAGCAUUCACAUAGCCCGCUAACAUGCCACCCCAACACGGUCAAACGCCGCUAUGUGUGCUGUAACGCCUGACAGGUCUAAACGAGCCUAGCAUCCCCGAAGACAUCAUGUCCAUUGUCCAAUGGAAUGUGUUGGCAUGCUUCCAGUGUUAAAAAGAUGUUUUUUUUUUCCUUCUCCAAUUUCAUUGAUCAAGACUAUCGAUGCGCUGAAAACCAAUAACUGAGUGUUAAUGAGUAAAUUAACGUGCAAAGGUGGUGCAUGCCAGCCGGGUCCAGGAAGCAUAGUCAUGGAUACUGAAGAGGAACAGCUAAUGUUGAGAUGGCCAACACUCGUCUACUAGCCUGGCUUCUGCCUCAUACCAAUGGCGUUUACACAUGAAUGUAACUUGAUUGCAAUUAUCAGUGUUACUCUGCAUAAGCGACAAUACUUUAUUAAAGAAUUUUCAUAUCUA